AUGGUUCACAAGCAGAGCAUCCGUUGCCCAGCCCCAGUGCUACCGGACAGCGUUUUCAAAAUGUUCCAGAUGCACGGGAAAGUUGCUAUCAUCACCGGCGGCUCUGGUGGAAUUGGAUAUCAGGUUUCUCGGGCUCUGGCAGAGGCCGGUGCCGACGUUGCUCUGUGGUAUAACAACUCGACCCAAGCCGAGCAGCUGGCUGUUUCUCUCGCGGACGAAUUUGGAGUAAAAUCGAAGGCAUACAAGUGCUCUGUGCAAAAUUUUGACGAGAAUAACGAAGGAAAUUUCCUAAGUGCAUUCCUGCAGGUCCAAGCCGCAACCGAAGCAGUGGUGCGUGACUUUGGUAGACUCGACGUGAUGAUUGCCAACGCAGGGAUUCCCUCCAAAGCAGGCGGCUUAGAUGACAAGUUGGAAGACUGGCAGCGCGUGGUAGAUGUGGAUUUUUCAGGCGCGUACUACAGUGCCCGAGCUGCUGGUGCGAUAUUCCGCAAGCAAGGAUCAGGGAAUAUGAUUUUCACAGCCUCCAUGUCAGGACAUUCAGCCAAUGUCCCACAACAACAGGCAUGCUACAAUGCUUGUAAAGCAGGUGUCAUUCAUUUGGCCAAGUCGCUCGCUGUGGAAUGGGCUGGCUUUGCCCGUGUCAAUUGCGUGAGCCCUGGCUAUGUUGACACUGCAAUCAGUGGAGAUUGUCCUUUUGAGAUGAAGGAGGAAUGGUACAGUCUCACACCUCUGAAGCGAGAUGCAGAUCCUCGGGAACUGAAGGGUGUUUAUCUGUAUCUUGCAAGUGAUGCUAGCACAUACACAACGGGAUGUGAUGUUGUGGUUGAUGGGGGUUACACCUGUCGAUAG